AUGGAUUACCAUAGAAAAAGGAUGAAUGAAUAUCUUUGUCACGGCUAUAUGGCGGAAGAAAUUUUCAAGGAAGUGAGCACUCCUAGAGUGAAACGACGUCCUGAAUCUCUACCAACAACCGACAAGCAUGAUUUUCUAGGCGCUGACAAUGUUACGAUUCAUGAUAAACUUCUGGCGGACGAAGGAAGCUCUAAAUAUAAAAAUUGGCUGCAACGAACGACCACGUUAGACGACGUGUAUCGACACUACGCGCCUCACAAGAAGAUAAAAAAGAAACAAGAUGUUCAAGACGACAUUGAGGAGUUCGACGGCGAAGUGACGGGUUACGCGAUGCAAGCUCCUCUGCCAUCCGGAAAAGUAGGCUUUUACGAACCAUCUCACGGAGGUGAAGAAUUCAGAAAUGAUAUGUUGUCAUCGUCGUCGGGACAUCAGGCUUUCCAUCACGCUUUCGGACCCUCGUUUGGUCACCAGCAUAGUGACAAUUUUGCACACCAUAGCGAUUUCUUCCCGUCAAUCCACGAGGAAUACUAUUACCCGCCGCAUCAGGAGGAAGAAUAUAAGGCUUCGUAUUCCAAAGGAAAGGGACAUGAGCUCUCGAUCAGGGACUUUUUCGAAAUCGCGCUCACCGCGCUUGCCUUCUUAGCAUUCGGAUUGUUUGUCAUCCAGUUGCUGAUGAAUGCCUCAAAUAAUAACGGAAUGAUGAUGAUGAUGACAAGACGUUCCAAGAGACAUGCAAUUCCUCUUUCCUUGUCUUCCGCUAGUAAUGAGGACUUGAAUGAUUUGUCCUAUCGCGUUUUGCGGUCCAUCGAAGCGGCUAUGGUCGCCAAAGAGGACUCCGGUAAUUGUCUGCGCUUAGUACUGUGCGAGAAUAAUCGAUACUCGAAGGAAACCAAGGAUGGUCGUAGAAUUUGGGUUCCCGUUUGGAGCUUGGGCAUGAGUUGGUUGUCAGGUAGAAUUCUACACAGGACUCCGUGGUCGGCAAUGCUGGAUUCUGUGAGAGCAUCCGUUCUAGGCUUGGGCGGUGUCGACUGUACCACUUUUUAUCCCGGGUGCAAUCUCGAGGAGGAAAGGGAAAAAAGACGUCGUAGGAGAAAGAAAUAA